CCUAACAAUAAGAGAGGGUUACAAAGACAUAUACUAACAGCUGUUGGGGAGAACGACUUCCUGUAUUCAUUCCUUCAAGGCAACAAGUAAAGCAACAUGUCAUCUACGGGACGUCAAAUCUUGGGAAUCUGCCUGGCUACGGUCGGCUUCUUGGGAAGCAUCGUCAUCUGUGGCUUGCCCUGCUGGAAGGUGACUGGCUUCAUUGGAGCCAACAUUGUGACCGCAGUGAUCGUUUGGGAAGGUUUAUGGAUGACCUGCCUGAUUCAUAGCACAGGACAGAUGCAGUGUAGGGUCUAUGACUCUCUGCUGGCACUUCCUCAAGAUCUGCGGAGUGCCAGAGCCUUGGUGAUCAUCGCCAUCAUUGCUGGGGUGUUUGGAAUCAUCCUGAGCAUCAUAGGAGGAAAGUGCACCAACUUUGUUAAAGACAAGGCAUCUAAAGCGAAGGUCGCUAUCGCCAGUGGUGUCAUCUUCAUCGUUGCUGGACUUCUUGUCCUCAUCCCUGUCUGCUGGACCGCGAAUACCAUAAUCAUGGAUGUCUCCAACCCUUUGUUGAUGGGAGCUCAGAAGAGGGACCUUGGGGUUUCGCUUUACAUUGGCUGGGCUUCUGCAGGUUUGCUACUUCUGGGUGGAAGUCUCCUCUGCAGCUCGUGCCCACCGCGUGAGGAUGAUCACUAUAAUGUGAUGUAUUCAAAUGCCAGGUCUGAGGACAGCAGCAAAGCUCAUGAAUAAAAACAGAGGACUGAUUAAACAAAUUACAGUAAGCCUAAGAUGUUCUGAUUUACACAACAGUAAGAAAUUAAAAUGAAAAGCAUUUCUUGAUAAGUAAUGGGAUGUGCAUUGCCACAAAACAGAUAUGCAAUACACAUUAAAAAUAUUUUCAUGGUAUAUUAAUUGAAGAAAUGUGCAGAUAAAAGUAUGUAUUUUCAUGCAUUUCAUGUAUUUUCAAGUGCUUCUGAAAUGUUUGGUCACUUCCAUCGCUGUUGUAUCACUGAGACCCUCUUUGCCCCAGAAGUUUUGUCUCAGCACAAAAAAAUCAUGUUGAAUUUGACAACAAAUAGCACUGUUCAAAAUACUUUUAUUUUGUCUUUCAUUUAUUACUCACUUAAUAUAAACCAGUGUUCAAAAGUUUGGGGUCGAUUUGUUGGUAUGUUUUUUAAAAGAAGUCUCUUAU